AUGAAGGUCAAUGUAUCAUAUAUUGAUCAAGAAAUCAACAAACAGUGGCUUGUUCCAUACAAUCCUUACAUGUCACACCAAUUCAACUGCCACAUGAAUGUAGAACUUUGUAUGUCAGUGAAAGCAAUCAGGUAUGUGCUGAAAUAUGUACACUGGAGAUGUGACAAAAAUGUCUUUGCAUUACAAAAUUCUGAAAAUCAGUCGAGAGAUGAAAUUUCAGAAUUUAAAACUGCAAGAUAUGUAGGUGCAAAUGACCCUGUAUGGAGGAUACUGGAGUUCCCAAUGCAUAAUCGUUACCCACCAGUUGUGCAUUUGGCAGUAUACCUUGAAAAUUAUCAACAUGUAUACUACACAGUGUACCAAUCUAUAAUACGAGCCAUGGCGGAGCCGCCAAAAACCACACUCACAGAGUUUUUCAUCUUUAAAACAAAGCUCUUCUAUUUUCAUGUACCAAUGUUCUAUAUAUGGAAUGUAAUUGGAAAAAAAGGGCUCAAACGAGGUACUGAAACCGACAAUGUUGAUGUCAAACAAACAGAUGUUAUUGAUCGAGUGUACACUAUCAAUCCAAAACAGUGA